AAUCUUCUUCCUCCAGUUGCUCUCUUCAGCACAAUCAGACCCGGCUGAAACUCCGAUAUUAUCCCAUCGUCACCGCUGAAUCCGGUUGUUGAAUCUCGUUCUGACUCCAUUGAUACGCACUCGUAAAAACGCAGAACAAGGAGACGCCCCGAGAUGGGUUGUUCUGUCAGGGAGAAGCAUAUCCGUACAAACAGGUAUCGAUCAGCGAAACCCGGUUUCGAUCCUUGCUGUUUCUUUGACAAGGCGGCAGUCUCCAAAUCCAUAAUCGAGGCGGGUCUCAGGAGUUGUCAUCUGGGUCUCAAUGAUUCUACUCAAAGCCAAAGCCCUAACCCCAAUGGUAAUGCUAAUUUUGAUGAUCAUGGCUGGGGUUACUGCACUGAAGAGCAAUUAGAGGGAUUUCUUUUGAAAAACCUGGAAUUCUUGUAUAAUGAGGCGAUUUCUAAGCUUGUAGCUUUAGGCUAUGACGAGGAUGUUGCCUUGAAGGCGAUACUGAAAAAGGGGCAUUGUUGUCAUGGGGACAUGGAUGUUUUGACGAGUGUUUUGGAUAAUUCAUUGGCUUAUUUGAAUAAUAGUUGUGCGAGUAGUAAUGGGAAUUCAGACGAAUCUGAGCCUGUUUUUGCGGAUUUGAGGCAAUUGGAGGAGUAUUCCCUUGGGGGUAUGGUGUGUUUGUUGCAGCAAUAUAAACCGCAUUUGACUAAAGGCGAUGCCAUGUGGUGUUUGCUUAUGAAUGAUCUUCAUGUGGGUAGGGCUAGUACCAUGGAGAUCCCACAUUCUCCUUCAUCAGCUAGCGGUUCCAAUACAGUAUCAACUAACUUGGAGAAUGGUGUUGUACCACCAGCCCUGUGUAGGUUUCAUGGUGGUUGGGGCUUUGGAAGUGGAGGAGGAUCCGAGUUUGCGUUAAAUGGUUUCUUUUCAUAUAGCUCAGAGAUGACUUUGCAUAGGGAUAUUGAGUGCCCUAGGAGGUUUAAUCUUUCACCUUCAAUGAAGUCGUUGUUGAAGAGGAAUGUUGCAAUGUUUGCAGCUGGUUUCCGGGCUAAUUCAAAUCAUAUGCAGAGAGAGAGUCUGCCCUGUGUUAACCAAUUUUCUGGUGGGGAUACACCUCCAGCUGUACUGGCAAGUGAGGUUCCUCUUAAGAAAUCUGAAGAGUCUCAGAAUUUGACAAAUCCAGACCGGGUUGAUUUGGUGUUGAGUAAAUUCUGUAAUUUGAAUAUUGAUGAGAACAUAGGCAAGGAUCAAAGGGAUGAGAUGAUAGUUAUGCUACUUAAUCAGAUUAACGAUCUUGAGAAGCAGGUGAAAGAGAGAAAGGAUUGGGCGCACCAGAAGGCAAUGCAAGCUGCUAGAAAGCUUAGUAGUGACUUAACGGAACUUAAACUUUUGAGGAUGGAUAGGGAAGAGACGCAAAGGUUGAAGAAAGGGAAACAGACACUAGAGGACUCAACCAUGAAGAGGUUGUCAGAGAUGGAGAAUGCUCUGAGGAAGGCAAGUGGUCAGGUGGACCGGGCAAAUGCAGCUGCGGGAAGGCUUGAGACUGAGAAUGCAGAAAUCAGAGCAGAGAUGCAGGGUUGUAAGUUAAGUGCGUCAGAAUCAGUCUCAACCUGUUUGGAGGUUGAAAAAAGAGAGAAAAAGUGUCGAAAAAAGCUGUUGGCUUGGGAAAAACAGAAAAUCAAGUUGCAGGAGGAGAUUGCGGAUGAAAAGGAGAAGUUUAAGGAGAUUGAAAAGUGUUUGGCCUGGGUUGAGCAGGAUCGCAAAGAAACUGAGACAAAGUGGAGGCAGGAGCUGAAUGCCAAAGAAGUAGCCUUGGCCCAAGUGGAAGAGGAACGACGCUCCAAAGAGGCAGCUGAAGCAAGCAAUAAAAGAAAGCUCGAGACUUUGCGCCUAAAGACAGAAAUAGACUUUCAGCGCCAUAAGGAUGAUAUCCAAAGACUUGAGCAGGAUCUUUACCGUUUGAAACUCUCUGCACAAUCCACUGAGUUGAAUAAUCAGUCAAAUACUAUACUCACAGGAAAGUCAGAAGGGGCAAAGCCACAUGGAGAAACAAUUGCCAGCUUGCUUCAUGAAUUAGAUCAACUGGAGUCUUCUGAGAAAGAAGCAAACUGUGAUAGGGAAUGCAUAAUUUGUCUGAAAGAUGAAGUCUCCAUUGUUUUCCUGCCAUGUGCACACCAGGUUCUUUGUGCCAAUUGCAAUGACAAUUAUGGGAAGAAGAGUAAAGCUACCUGUCCAUGCUGCCGUGUUCCAAUUGAACAGAGAAUCCGUGUCUUUGGUGCUAGUUCAUGGUAGGAGUUCAAGACAUUAUUAUGCUCAGAAAGUCUUUCAGGUAUACCAGACCAUGCAGUCAGUGGGACUGCUUAAUAUUAUAUGUACUCUUCCUUCCUUUGUGGAUGCAUAAGCAUGUACUAGAGAUGUAUUCAAGUAAAACCCAAGCUUCUCCUUGGCUAUUGCUUCUAGCCUAUAACUACAAUAAAGAUAAACACAUUUGAUAGUAUUUGUUUCUUACCCUUAGGUUUGAUAAGCUGAGUUGAGCAAAUAGCAUGAGGUAUGUUUUCUUUCAUCGGAAUGUAAACAAUAACAUCAGGAUUCAGUGGAAUUGCAAGUAUUUUUGCUAUUUAUGGCACUGAUAAUUUAACUGCAUGUACAUAGAUUUCAGGAUUAAAGUCAUUUAACUUCA